CAUUUGACAGACGCAUUUGUUUGUUUUGUUUUGAACAAGAUUGAAAUUUGUUUGAACAUUUUGGAAUCAGUAUUCCAUUGAAGAGUAUUUUUCCCGUAACGAAGUCUAUAAACUCCAAAAAUCGUUACAAUGGACAUAGGAGUAGAGUUCCUGGAAAUCAACACUUGUGCUGUUUGUUUGAAUGAACGCCCCGACUUACUAGCAGUACAGUUCGACGAGACGCAAGACCGUAAUAUAGGUCCGAUUCUGGUGAAGCAUUUGUGGUUUCAGCCCGAACAACUUUACUACAAAAAUGUCUGUGGACAAUGUUGGGAUCAUGUGAAUAUUUUCAACAUUUUCUACAACAGUGUGGAGAAAGCACACAUUAAUCUGGAACUAUCUGCGGAGGCAGCGGGUCUGGUUGGAUCCUGCAAGACAGAGCCAUUAACGUUGGAUUCGGAAUCACUGGAGACCUAUGAACUAGAAGUUGAAGAUUCUGUCAAUUUUAAGAAAGAAAAAAAUGAGAACCUUCUCAAGGAAGCAGAUACAAAGCAAAAGCAAGAGAAUAAUGAUAAACAAAAGCAUAAUACACCACAUAAAGAACCUGAAGCUGAGUUGGACGAUGCAUGUGAAGAUUUUGAACAUUCAGAUUAUGAACCAAAUGAUUCAAAGUCCGAAUCGGAAAGUUCUGAAGAAAAUGAUAACCUUUCAGAGCAGAUUAAAAAACCACUCCGUAAAGUUCGUAAAAAACAGUCAUUUCAAAAAUCGCCUAAAACAUCAAUUCGAAGUUAUAAUAAACCCACUGAACAAAUCGAAGAAGAGGACAGGAAGAUAAUCACGCACUGUAAGUUACAGUGUACGGAAUGUGAAGAAUCGUCUCCUCGGUUUUCUGAUUUCAAGCAGCAUGCACGAAAAGUACAUCAUAUCGCCCACCCGGUGGUGAUUUGCUGCGGUCGUAGGUUCAACAAACGCAUAAAGCUGCUCGAACACGUCACGAAACAUAUGAAUCCGGAUGCGUUCCAGUGCACACUGUGUGAAAAAUCCUAUUGCAAUAGUCUGAAUUUGCGGAUUCACAUGAUGAGGCAUAACCCGCCGGAUAAAUUGGACCACAAGUGUGAUAAAUGCGAACGAUCCUUUGCGAAGAAGUACCAACUGAAUGCACAUCAGCUGAGGCAUGUGCCAGAGGAGGAACGGACGUUCAUCUGUACAUCUUGCAAGAAAAGCUUUGCCACAUCAUCACAGUUGAACGUGCACAUGAAGUCUACACAUCAACCACAGGAAUCUUACAUCUGCGAAGUAUGUGCUAAACACUUUAAAUCCCGAUCACAAUUCCAAAAACAUCAACAGGAACAUAGUGACUCAUAUCAGGAAGUAAGACAGCAAUGUAAAAUUUGUUCUAAAUGGAUGAAAAAUGCCAGUAGCCUUCGGAAACAUGUGUUACGUCACGACGGCGAAGGUGAAAUACAUGAGUGUAAACUGUGUGGCAAACGAGCACCCAACGUAUUAGCUCUGAAGAGCCAUAUUAGUUUCGUGCACAAAAAGAAUAAGCCGUACCAGUGCACUCUUUGUCCAAAAGCCUUCAAAAGACAAUUUACUCUUAUAGAGCACAUGACGACGCACACGGGUGAUGUCCUAUACCACUGCAAAAUCUGUUCGAAGAAAUUCAACUCGUCGGCGAACAUGCAUGCACAUAGAAAGAAAAUGCAUCCUCUAGAAUGGGAAGAAAGUAAACGGAUGAGUGAGUUGCCAUUUUCUGGUAUUACUGGAGCGGAGUAUUUACGUAGUGAUUGUUGAAAUAAAUGACAUGUCCAUGUGUUUCAAUAAAAAUACUCUAGGAA